UAGGGCGUCAGUCUGUGAUAGGCGUAGUCGAGCGAUAUAGUAUAUACUACUCCAUAUUUUUUGGCAUUUCAAGAGAGUUCGUGGCGACAAUUUGACGUAAAUCGGAGUACAAUUUUUAGAUAUUAGAAAAAUGAAGGGUUAUUUGUUAAUAUUUGUGAUCAGUGCGUCAAUUUGUGCAUCUUUGGCCGAAGUUUAUCUUGAAGAGAAAUUCCAAGAUGACACAUGGGAAAAAAAUUGGAUUUACAGCAAACAUCCCGGAAAAGAGUUCGGCAAGUUCGUGAGGACUGCAGGAAAGUUCUUCAACGACGAGGAGGAAGAUAAAGGUAUUCAAACUUCGCAAGAUGCUCGUUUCUACGCGUUGAGCACCAAGUUCAAGCCCUUCGGCACCGAAGGCAAAGACUUGGUGGUGCAAUUCACCGUGAAACACGAACAGAACAUCGAUUGCGGGGGCGGUUACGUCAAAGUUUUCGACUGCUCUCUGAACCAAGAGGACAUGCACGGCGAGUCCCCGUACAGGCUCAUGUUCGGUCCCGAUAUCUGCGGACCGGGCACCAAAAAAGUCCACGUCAUCCUCAACCACAACGACAAGAACGUGUUGAUCAACAAAGACAUCAGGUGCAAAGACGAUGUUUACACUCACUCGUACACGCUGAUAAUUAAGUCGGAUAAUACGUACGAGGUGUUGAUUGACGGGGAAAAGGCUGAAGGUGGGGAGUUGGAGGCGGACUGGGAUCUGCUCCCGCCCAAGAAGAUUAAAGACCCGGAGGCCAAGAAGCCCGAAGAUUGGGACGACCGCGCGACAAUCCCGGACCCGGACGACACCAAGCCCGAGGACUGGGACAAGCCGGAGCACAUCCCGGACCCGGAGGCCGCCAAGCCGGACGACUGGGACGACGAGAUGGAUGGGGAGUGGGAGCCGCCGAUGAUCGACAACCCGGAGUUCAAGGGCGAGUGGUCGCCGAAGCAGGUGGACAACCCGGCGUACAAGGGCGCCUGGGUGCACCCGGAGGUGGACAAUCCCGAGUACACGCCCGAGCCGGACCUGUACAAGCAGAAGGAGAUCUGCGCGAUCGGUUUCGACUUGUGGCAGGUCAAGUCCGGCACCAUCUUCGACAACGUGCUGAUCACCGACGACGUCGAGUACGCCAAGAAGGCCAUGGCCGGGUUGAAGGACAAACAGGACGGCGAGAAGAAAAACAAGGAGGAGCAGGACAAAGUUGAAAGGGAGGCCGCCAAAGAGGAGGAAGAAAAGAAGGAAGAUAACGAGGAUGAUGAUGAUGAUGAAGAUGAUGAAAAACCAGUCGUUGAAGAAAACGAUCACGACGAACUGUAGAGAGCGUGUAAAAUAAAUUGAGGCGAAAAAGUAUAUUUAAGAGAGACAUUUUUUAUAACUUACAGUGUGCAGUGUUUUUGUUCAAUAGUGUGUACUGUUUCUUUUCGACUGAUUUUUGUUAUAAAUGAAUGUAUUCUAAUAAAACAAAAAAAUGCCCCCCAAAAAUUUUGGUUUUUGUAUCACACAUUUAUUGUACAAAAGUUUAUUUAUUUGUUAGUAUUUUGUAACAAAACAAAAAGUCCUAGGAAUAAAAAUUCCUAUUCAUGGUAUAAAAUGAAAAAAAUUAAAUUCGUAAAUUUUAGGAAUACUUUUUGUAUAUAUUUCUGUUUUAAUAAAAUAAAAAUGUAAUUUUGUUUAUUAUUUUUUACCAGGG